AGUAUUGUAUCAACAGAUGAGUCUCAGAAAUCAAGAAUUCUUUCUGUAUUUCAAUAUAUUAUAUUCGUUCAUAUAUCCAGCAAGUAGGUGGAAAUAAUUUAACAUCAAAGGGAAUACUGAAUGUAUAAAAAGCUAAAGUGGUGAAUGGGAACUGACUGGCUAUUCAUGUGUGAGAAGAAAGUUUCAUUCAAUAUAUGCGACGUGGAUCCAAUAACUGUCAUUUCAAGAUCCGUCAGAAUUUACUUAGAUACAGUACUUAAAACUUUUAUUAUAACUUCCACAUUUUUAGACGCAGUAGAACACAGUGGUGUAGAGCAUGACAGAUAUAAACAGCAACAGAUCUCUACAGUGUAUUAUAUGCUGCGACCCUAACAUUCCGACAGAUAAACUCCAAACACUGGACUGCAAACACACCUUGUGUCAAGAAUGCAUUGGAGAAAUCACGACAAAAAAUAAUGAGAAGAUAAUUUUGUGCCCCGAAUGCAAUUGCGUUAACUUCCUUCCCUCUCUCAAAACGCCUAGUUGCCUAUGCGUCGAGAAACCGGACUAUUUAAACUCAAAGUGUAGGAGUCCAUUAAGCAGUCCUAAGUUUCUGCGGCGUUCUCCAAGCCCAACUACAGCGCGACUUAACCCGCCACAGCAAAUGCUAUACACUAAAGUCAAAGAAUUGCGCAAAGACUUAAAAAAUAUGGCUCGCCAAGAGAACUCCGAGGCUCACAAAACAGAAAAGCAUUAUGGAAAGGUUAAAUCGCAGAUUGAAGCACAAUUUGGUGAAAUUGUUGAAACGUUAAUGACAAGGAAGAAGGAUGUCAUAGCAUCAGUCAAUCUGGAAGUGAAAAAAGACAGGGCAAAGCGGGAGAAAGGUCGCGCUGAGAUACAGAGGCACCUUCGUUUCUGGACAAAAUUUGAGGGCGAAUUAAAAACGUUCCGUCAAUAUUCCGAACCAGAGGUGGAAGCAAUGACGCUCAAGUGCACAACCCUGCAAGAAGAACUAAAAGUAAAUGCCGAUCAGAUUGGACAGACACCUCGGAAGACAUUUGACUCAUCCAAGGUCGAUGACCUAAAACUUAUGGCUUCAAAUUUUGGACGGCUGUUGAAUGCUGAACAAGAUAUUUGAUAAUGUGGUAACAAGAGAUGUAAUUAACCAUCUAAAUAAGACUGCUAAUCAAUUUUUUAUUCCCAAAAGAUGAUAUCUGACCUGGUUUUUAAUAAUUUUUAAUAACAUCAUUGUUUAAUUACAUCAAUAACUGCAGUAUUAAACAGAAAAAAUUUGCGUUGGUGUAUUUGCAGAAUCUUAUACACAAAUAAUUAAAUAUAUUGUAGCUACCAAAAUGCAUAAGAGGACAAACAUGAAAUCUGGUUUGCCUUCCAAGCCUUGGGCCACUAGAGGUUGAAACAAACCAAAAUAUCAAAAUUGUUAAAACUACAAUCUCCACUUAUGACCUGGUCAAUUGAAAUGUACUUUUGUUAAUUAGUAUUACUUUUUACAGUUGUUAUUUAUGAAUAUGUGUCUAUAUGGAUUUCUACAAUGUAAAAUCACUACUGUAACUGCUUCCUUGGAAAUUAAUCUGGGUACUACUCACUGCGAUUCUAUGGAGAAUGCAACAGCACGACGCACGCACAAUAAAUAGUUUUUAAUGACGAUCUGCUCAGACUGCCACCGCCAAUCAGGAGACAGUGUUGCAUACUUUAUCGCUCACAGAAAGCCAAGUUGGAUUCAUCAGCUGACGGCUGUACAACCAUUGUACAAGGCAGUAUUAAAUUAAAUAAUAUCACUAAUAUCUAAAAUUUAUUUGGCGCCAAUUACAAACAAGAUCAAAGGCGCAACACGUUUGAAUAGCCUUAAGCUGUGACUUAAAGUUACAAAUAGAGUUGGAAGAAGUUAUGUUAUUUGGAAGGUGGUUCCAAAAAGAAGGGUAGAAGUAUAAGUGAGUUUUGGUAUGAUAUUUUAUAAUCAUCCACUUUAAUAAUAACAUUACAUGGUUGUGACCUAAUAUUAGUAAAAUACAUAACAAAUAAAGACUAUUUCCACAAAAAAUAAUACAUUAUGUCACUGACUAUUAGAUAAGAAUUUGAUAUUUAAAAUAUUACAGGAAAAUUAUAGGCAAUUAGUAUAAUUCUUAUAAUACUUUGAUUAAUCAAAUAUAUUGCUUUUUUUUAACUAACUAUUUAACAUACAGAGACUUUGAGCUGAGAUAAAUCUGAUUUCUAAUCACCCAUGUUAAUUAAUUAGAAGUGCUUUAGAUGAGAUAAUAUAGAGACAGUUCAACAGUUCACUGAACUGAAAUUCAGCAUCACUCUAUGUCAAUAGUGCAUUAGAUGAAAAGUAGUUCUGAUUUAGUGGUUUAGGGGCUUACCUCCUAAUCUUCAGAUCCAGGGUAAGACAAUUAUUUUAUUAAAAAGUAAAUUUAUGCCCAUUGAAAUGUAAAGAUAUUUUUUGGGAGUUAUCUACUAAAUAAAUAACCUAAAAUCAUCAAUUUUAUGAAUAUAUUUUUCAACAUUUUUAAAAUUAUUCAUUCGUUGAAGACUUUAUGUGACAAAUAACUCCUAAUAUGCCCAUAUUUGGGUGUGAUAUAACAUCAUCAAGCCCAUAUAUGGGCACAUCAUAUAAAUAUGUCACAUAAAAUUUGACAGCCUUAGUUGGUAAAUUGUAAAAAUAUCCUUUUGUAAUUAUUCAUUUGCUGAAGAAUGCUAUAGUAAGUUUGUAAAAAUUAAGUAUUCCUAAAUUAAGAAAUUACUAUUAGUAUUUUAUAAAGACAAUCAAAUGUAAUUCUUUGAUAAUAAAGCUGAAAUGUGGAUAAAAAUAUGAAGGCCGAUGGGUAAUAAUAUUGAUGACUUAUGGGUAAAUAAAAUUCACGAUUGAAG